GUAUAUGCAGCCAAGAGCUGAUGGACCUGGCUUGGUGGUGUCUUUGGAAGCCACCCGCUUCUCAGCAACAUUGUUGCACCUGAAGAAGACCCUCUUGGAGAAGCUGCAAGAGAUUAUCACCAAGGGGGAGAAGGACGCCAAGUCCCCUGAGGUGGCCGCUGCUUCACUCAACGAGAAGUACAUGAAUCAGAGUGGCUACAAGCUUGGAGCAAGCUUUACAUGGCGCGACGGCCCUUAUCAAGGUCAGCUGUCGCAUCCAGUGACUUGGCCUGAG